AUGGCAAGGAAAAGCAAGUCAAAUCUGUCAGAAUUGUUUAUAGAAGAAAACAAAGAUCAGAUAUAUGAAAAUGCCCUUGCUGAGAUCCAGUCCUUUGAGCUGCCUCUUGGAACCACCUUAAGGUCUGUAUAUGAUGACCAACCAAAUGCACACCAGAGGUUUAUGGAAAAACUAGAUGCCUGCAUACGUAACCAUGACAGGGAGAUAGAAAAGAUGUGCAAUUUUCACCAUCAGGGCUUUGUGGAUGCUAUUACAGAACUCCUUAAAGUUAGGGCUGAUGCAGAAAAAUUAAAGGUCCAAGUUACUGAUACCAACCGAAGGCUUCAGGAUGCUGGGAAAGAGGUGAUAGCCCAAACAGAAGAAAUCAUCCGGUGCAGAGUUCAGCAACGGAAUAUUACAACAGUUGUGGAAAAACUACAGUUGUGUCUUCCAGUGCUGGAAAUGUACAGCAAACUAAAAGAACAGAUGAAUGUAAAAAGAUAUUAUUCUGCUUUAAAAACAAUGGAGCAGCUGGAAAAUCUGUAUCUUCCUCGAGUUAGCCAAUACCGUUUUUGCCAGAUAAUGAUAGAAAAUCUUCCAAAACUGCGUGAAGAAAUAAAAGAAAUAUCCAUGUCAGAUCUCAAGGAUUUCUUGGAGAGUAUUCGAAAGCAUUCUGACAGAAUUGGUGAGACUGCCAUGAAGCAGGCACAGCAGCAGAAAACCUUUAGUACCACUCUUCAGAAGCAGAAUAAUGUAAACUAUGGUCGGAAUAUGCAUUUAGGUAGAAGCAGAAUUUUGGAAUCGAAGAAUGAAAUUACAUUGAAGCGAACUUUUGAAGAUGAUGAUGAACAUGAAGAAGAGGUUUUAACUGCCCAAGACCUUGUAGAUUUUUCUCCAGUCUAUAGGUGUUUGCACAUCUACUCAGUUUUGGGUGAUGGAGAAGUGUUUGAAAAUUACUACAGAAAACAAAGAAGGAAACAAGCAAGAUUAGUUCUGCAGCCGCAGUCAAGCAUGCAUGAAACAGUAGAAGGCUAUAGAAGAUACUUCAGUCAAAUUGUAGGUUUCUUUGUAGUAGAAGACCACAUUUUACAUGUAACCCAAGGAUUGGUAACUAGAACAUACACUGAUGAACUCUGGAACAUGGCCCUUUCCAAGAUUGUUGCUGUUCUUAGAACACAUUCAUCGUAUUGCAGUGAUCCCGACCUUGUUCUGGAACUGAAGAAUCUCAUUGUAGUGUUUGCUGAUACUUUGCAGGGUUAUGGUUUUCCUGUGAAUCGACUGUUUGAUCUUUUGUUUGAGAUCAGAGACCAAUACAAUGAAACACUUCUUAAAAAGUGGUCUGGAUUGUUCAGGGAUAUUUUUGAAGUGGACAACUACAGCCCUAUUCCAGUAGCAAAUGAGGAUGAAUACAAAAUAGUUAUAAGCAAAUUUCCUUUUCAAGAUCCAGAACUUGAUAAGCAAUCCUUUCCAAAGAAGCUUCCAAUGUCUCAGUCAGUGCCUCAGAUUUAUAUCCAAGUUAAGGAAUUUAUUUAUGCAAGCCUUAAGUUUUCAGAGUCACUUCACCGCAGCUCAACAGAAAUAGAUGAUAUGCUCAGAAAAUCUACAAAUUUGUUGCUUACAAGAACUUUAAGUAGUUGUUUACAGAACCUAAUUAAAAAACCUCAUAUAGGGUUAACAGAGCUUGUUCAAAUCAUCAUAAACACAACACACCUGGAACAAGCCUGUAAAUACCUUGAGGAUUUUAUAUCUAACAUUACAAAUAUUUCACAAGUCACUGUUCACACUGCAAGACUUUAUGGACUUUCUACAUUUAAGGAUGCGAGGCAUGCUGCAGAAGGAGAAAUAUACACAAAACUUAACCAAAAAAUAGAUGAAUUUAUUCAGAUUGCUGAUUAUGAUUGGACAAUGUCUGAAUCAGAUGGAAGAGCCAGUGGAUACUUAAUGGACCUUAUUAACUUCUUGAGAAGCACGUUUCAAGUUUUUACUCAUUUACCUGGGAAGGUGGCCCAGACAGCUUGCAUGUCAGCCUGCCAGCAUCUUUCAACGUCCCUAAUGCAGAUGCUACUGGACAGUGAAUUAAAACAAAUAAGCAUGGGAGCAAUUCAGCAGUUUAAUUUAGAUGUGAUACAGUGUGAAUUGUUUGCUAGUUCUGAGCCUGUGCCAGGAUUCCAGGGAGACACCCUGCAGUUAGCUUUCAUCGACCUCAGACAAGGGGCACUGUGCUACUGGUGGUGCUGGUACCUGGGGAGAAGGUUCCGUUUUGAUCCUGACGAUGUUGUAAAGGUCCUGGGACGCCUUUUUGCAAGAGUGUACAUGUUACCCUGGAUGAAAGACUCUAGCAAAAAGAACAACAUUUUUGCUCAGUUCAGGAAGAACGAUCGCGACAAGCAGAAGCUCAUAGAGACUGUAGUAAAGCAGCUUAGGAGCUUGGUGAAUGGCAUGUCCCAGCACACGUAG